UUUCUUUCUGGAGUUUGGCAGAAGGUGGGAAGCUCUUGGUCGUGCCUCAGGAUGGAAGUCACUGGCUGAGCAUGCGCGUGGUUCUGGAGAAACUCUGGGAGAGAGGGCAUGAAAUUGUUGCAGUGAUUCCUGAAGCCACUUUGCUCCUGAACAGCUCACAGUCGUUCACCAUCAAAACAUACUCUGUGCCUUACACACAGGAGUUUCUGGAUGAAAGCUACAAUUCCAUUGGUGAAAACAGUUUUGGUAACUCUCCCACUCUAGAAAAUUUUGUAUUUUUACUCAUCAAUAUGUCAGAGUUGACCAACAUAUUCUCCUCUGCUUGUCGGCAUCUCUUAUAUAAUAAAGAACUAAUGAAGUACCUCAAUGAUACUAAAUUUGAUGCCAUUAUGACAGAUCCUGUAUUGCCUUGUGGACCAAUUGUUGCUGAGAAUCUCUCCCUCCCUUCAGUGUACUUUAUGCGUGGUCUUCCAUGUACCUUGGACUACCAAGCCGCCCAGUGCCCCAGUCCUUUCUCUUAUGUGCCGAAGACUUUCACAUCCAGUGCAGAUCACAUGACAUUUACGGAGCGUGUGAAGAACCUUCUGGUUGGGAUUUCAGAAGAUUUGUUGUGCUACCUCUUUUAUUUAAAAUAUGAGAACUUAGCUUCUGAGGUUCUUCAAAGAGAAGUAACAGUACUGGAACUGUUUAGCAAAGCAUCCAUUUGGCUGAUGAGAUAUGACUUUGUUUUUGAAUACCCGCGCCCAAUAAUGCCAAAUAUGGUCUAUGUUGGAGGCAUCAACUGUGCUCAGAGGAAGUCAUUAUCGAAGGUUUGUCGCUGUUUCCAUUAAGGGCAUUAUAGCAUUUAUUAGUGAUUAUUUAAGAUUUGCUUUUUAAAAUGCUUCCUACAGUAGUAUUUGUGCUCGAGCACAAAUGUGAUCAAAUACCAGGAUGGCUUGAUUUGGAAGUAGCAAUCUCAGGCUCUGAUAGAUGAUCACAAGACCUUAGCUUCGUUGCACUGUGAGCAGCUGAAGGGUUUCUCUCCGGAAGAGCUUAGGUGAAGUUGUCUAAGCUAUACAGCUGCCUAGCUAUAGCUUAGCUUGUUGGAAGCAUAUCAAGUAAUGUCAGACAAUCAUGGCAGUUCUACUGUAUCUAGAUAAAGGACAAAAUCAUGCUAGAUCAUAUUCAUACCCCUAACACUUGUGCAAUAUUGAUUAAUUGUAGGAGACUUAACUGGGCACAAAGUAGAAAUGUGGAAUUAACUCUGGGGGUAUACCCAGGCGCUGAUAGUGUGCGACAGAGAUCAAUAACGUGCAUGAAUACCCCAAAUCCUAGCAGGGUAGGCAAUCAAAAACAGUAGAGGGAGCUCCUAGCACAUUUGUGGAAGAAAGCAUAGAAGAGGAUGAUUGGAAACAGAAACCUUCAGGAGUAUAACUAUCUACCCUCCUUCCCUAACUUGUUCAAAUGUCCCUAGUGGGCUGUGCAUAUAACACAGAUGCCUGCCAUUUAUUGCGUUUUUCAGACCACGGUGGUGUUGCAACAGCAGAAGUUAUUGCUGAGCUUGUAUCACCUUUACUACUCUGUUCAGCCUUUCAGUGCUGACUGCUUGAGGGCCCAGUUGCUUAAAGCCUUCACUCUGCAUAGAAGACAAAUCCAGUCUUUACCCACAGUUAAAAAUUACCCUUGUUUCUGCCCACAAACAUACGGUCCAUUAAACGUUAAACAAUCACCUUAGUGAAGCACAAAGUGCAAAAUACCCCACGAUUCAUUUCUCAUCCCCUGCAGCAGUUUUGCAGCUGGUUAAAACUUCGCUGACAGCUCACGGAAAAUGGCUUCUUCAAAUCCAGGACUUAAUCCUCUUGCCUCCUGGGCUGGGUUUUUCCUGCUCCUGUGGACCUUUUCUGAAGGAGGAAAGCUUUUGGUUGUCCCUAUCGAUGGCAGCCACUGGCUCAGCAUGCGCCCGGUUGUGGAGCGGCUCAGAGAGAAGGGACAUGAAAUCACGGUGCUUGCGCCAGAGAUAAAUUUGCGGAUAGAUUCAUCGGUGCAUUAUACUGUGAAAACGUACUCUGUGUCUUAUACCAGGGAGUAUGUGGAAGCAGAAUUUAAAAAGCUGGGGUAUAGCAGUUUCACACCUCAAUCCUUCUUUGAAAAAUUCUCAAAAAUAGCAAAUAUUACAAGCAUGUUCUUUGAUUCCUGCAAACAUCUUCUGUCUAACAAAGAGCUGAUUGAAUACCUUGAAGAAAGCAAAUUUGAUGCUGUCUUUAUGGAUCCUUUUUUUGCAUGUGGACAAAUAGUGGCUGAACACCUCUCCCUACCUUCUGUGUACCUCCUACGGGGACUGCCGUGCAGCCUAGACUUCCACGCUACCCUGUGCCCAAAUCCUCCUUCUUACGUUCCUAGGUUCUUCACUCGCUACACAGACCGCAUGGCGUUCCUGCAGCGCACCGGAAACCUCCUAGCUAGCCUGAGCAGUUCCCUGGCUUGCAGCUUUCUUUAUUCACCAUAUGAUCGUUUGAUCAGGGAAUUCCUCCAACAAGAGGCAACAAUGCUCGAGCUGUUCAGCCACGCAUCUGUUUGGCUCAUGAAAUAUGACUUUGUGUUUGAGUACCCCAGGCCCCUAAUGCCUAAUAUGGUCUUGAUCGGAGGCAUAAGCUGCACUCAGGAAAAAGCGUUAUCACAGGAAUUUGAAGCUAUUGUGAAUGCCUCUGGAGAACAUGGCAUUGUUGUCUUCUCGCUGGGCUCCAUGGUCUCUGAGAUUCCUAUGAAGAAAGCCGAAGAAAUUGCAGAUGCCUUGGGCUCUGUCCCUCAGACGGUUUUGUGGAGAUACACGGGAAAGGCGCCCCACAACCUGCCAAAGAACGUGAAGCUCGUCAAAUGGCUGCCACAGAAUGAUCUUCUAGCUCACCCUAAGACUCGUGCCUUUAUUACCCACGGAGGCUCACACGGUAUCUACGAGGGCAUAUGCAACGCAGUGCCAAUGGUACUAAUGCCGUUAUUUGGAGACCAGAUGGACAACGCCAAGCGAGUAGAGUCACGGGGAGCAGGACUGACACUGAAUAUACUUGAAAUGACUUCACAGGACAUAUCCACUGCCCUGAAAGCGGUUAUUAAUGAUAAGAAGUACAAAGAGAACAUCAAGCGCCUCUCUGAGCUUCACCUCGACAGACCCAUCCACCCGCUGGACCUGGCCGUGCACUGGGUGGAGUUUGUAAUGAAACACAAAGGGGCCCCACACCUGCGCCCCGCUGCUCACGACUUGAACUGGAUCCAGUACCACUCCCUGGACGUCAUCGCCUUCCUCCUGGCCGUGGUGCUCCUCUCCCUCUUCAUUUCUCUGAAGUGCUGCCUGUUCUGCUGCCGCAGGUGCUGCUCGAAGAAGGGAAGAGCAAGAAAGCCAACCAAAGCAAAGUCUCACUAGCAGAUGGAACCAGUGGUAGGGAAUAAGGACUCUGCUCCAGACCAGAAGGAUCAGAGAACAUCUCAAAUUUCACUCAAAUAAUUGCCGGCUUUCAGUCAGGAAAUAAUUGUGUUCCUUUAAAUAGCACCAUAGGAGGGGUUGUUUCACUGAUAUAAUUUUUGCUUUUAAUUAAGAAUUGAUUGUUAAAAAUAAGUUGUAUAGACGUGCUCCAGUAGUUUGGGAAGAUAGUGUGGAGUCCAAGGCUCUUGGCUUCCUUGUCUUAGUGUACAAAGGGCUCACAGUGACAUAUUUUUUUAAGCUCUCUAUGAAUCAUAGAAUACCAGGCUGGAAGGGACCUCAAGGGUCAUCUGGUCCAACCUUUCCACCCUGCAGGGUGGUUCUCCCUUCCAAAGUGUCCACUUCCCCCCUCAGUGUGGUAUCAUCAGCACGUUUCAUAAGCCAAUGCUUGAUCCCACCCUCCAGAUCAUUCAUGAAGAUAUUAGAUGGCAUUGGGCCCCCACUCAUGACAGGUUGCCAGUUUGAAAAGGACCUAUUUACCACCACCCUCUGGGUGCAGCCUGUCAUCCAGUUCCCCACCCACCACAGAGAUUACCUGUGUGGACUGUAACACAUCAGUUUCUCUAGGAGGUGGCUGUGGGAAACAGCACCUAAAGCAUCAGAGAAAUCCAGGCAGACAACGUCCACUGCUCUCCCCACAGCAACCAAGCAGGUUACUUUGUCAUAGGAAGCAAUCUUGACCCAGAGGCAUUUGAAAGGCUUCCACAAUCACCAUAGUUGACUUCUAUACAUUCAAGGCUCUCCUUAACAUAAAGCACUACUCCUCCUCUACUGCCCUGCCUGUCUUUACAGAACAGCCUAUAGCCAUCCAUCGCAGUCCUGCAGAUGUGUAAAUUGUCCCACCAUCUUCCAGUUUUUCCUAUGAUAUCAUAACUUUCAGUCUGGCUGUGGAGCUCCAGUUCCUCGUAUUUGCUCCCCAGGCUGUGAGCACUGGUGUACAUACAUUUGAAGUGGCUGGUCUUCUCGUUCUCAUCUCAGGAGACAGCUAAGGAAUGUUUGUCAGUCCUUAGCUCCCAGAAGGCAGCACACCUGUCCUGACUCCCUGUCAGGUCAGCAGAUGGUGCCUCAGUGCCCCUUAACUGACAGUCACCCACUGCGGUAUCCAAUGUGUGCUCCUGGUCCAGUUUCUUCUUGCAGACCCUGCUCAUGGGCCCCUGGGCUGUGGGCCUACGAGGAGGGUGCACAGCCCUUCUCACCCACCCUCCUGCACAAACUGCUGCGCCCUCUUGAUCUCUGUCUGCAUGGCUUGUUCACAACCCUCCUGGUCACUAGUGCUCGCUGGGGCUGUUUGAAUCUCCUGCGGCUGCAAUGGAGAUAUGGCAGGUAUAUAGCGAUUUCAUAAGACUUUGCUUCAAGGGCUUUAGGAGAACAAUUUGCUCUAGUGUAAAACUGUCGGGUUUAUCAAGCACUUUGAAAUCUGUGUUUAGCUGCUGUCACAGAAGAGGCAAAUGUUAUACGCUUACUAUAUACGUCACAUAAGCCAAGCCAGACGCAUAUCUUAAAUGGGUUUUGUGUGUGUUUACAAUAUCUUGAACUCAAUUAAAGUUUCGGCAGGGAAGUGGCUCUAAAGCCACUGGUAUUUACCCAAGUUCCCCAUCAGGCAGAGUGCUGUGUUUGGAGCUUACCUGUUAGGUGAUGAGACCUUUGUAAGCACCUUCGUUUAUCAAACCCAACUGUUUUACUCUUUGUAAGUGAUGCUCAGGUAAAGACCCAUACCCCAGCCCUAUAAAUAAAUCCACAAUACCAACAGUAA